AUGUACUUGACAGUGCUUCUUAUUCUCAGCGUCGCUGUUGCUCAUGCCGAUAUUGUCUACCCAGUUCUUAUCGAAAGCAGAAGCGACAGUUCCCCAGGCGCCGUUCGAGUGACGGAAGAUUUCACCCUAAACUUAAAGGAAUCCAGCAUCUUGGGAGAUACUUUGUUUUUCACUGACACUUUGAAUGGGGAAGUGACACACGAGUUGAUGGAUACCACAUACCUACGUAAUAUCGUUUAUGAAAAUUCGGAACACGCCGCUUCUUUAACAGUUACUAAAACACCCACGGGAAUUGAAAUGGAAGGUUACCUUAAUUUUACGCACGGAAUUAAGCCCUUGCCAAUAAAUGACAGAUCCGGAAGAAUUCCCCACAACAUAUUUCCCCUUCCCAAGCUUGAGGAAACGAUUAACUUUGAUCUUCCAAUAGAAGAACCUUUGGAUGAAAGCCCACAGCCACGUGAUGAUGCAAAGCUUCCUGACGUGUGGCGACCUGAAAUGUACAUCAUGUUUGACAGCUCAAUAAAUGAAUACCUGAGGGGCAUAAAAAGACUGCAAGUACUCUACAUAAUAAGGCUAAUGAACAUUGUCAAUGCAAUAUUCAAAAAGAACAAGACACCCCGUAUAGAUCUCCAGCUUGUAGGAAUUUACCGGUUCCAAACAAGACAAGAUGAGCCUUUUAUUGUGGAGGAAGACGGAUUGGUCGAGGGACAUGAAUCCUUGAAGGCCUUCGGUGAAUUCACGAAAAAUGCUUCCUUUGCAAGACGUGCUGAUUUCUACUUCCUUCUGGUUGGGCGUCGCCUAGGGAAACGGAACAAGACUACUAAGAAAAUAUCUGCAAAUAUUCUUGGUUGCGCCUAUUCCGGAAGGAUCUGCUGUGAAGGCCUAAAUGUGGGAAUGGCUGUGCAAAUUCCUCUUCUUUACGCUUCAUUCGAAACAAUCGCCCACGAAAUUGGACAUGUGCUUGGAAGCACGGAUGAUGGCAAUGGUCCGGUUCAAGGUAUAGAGGGUCAUCCAGGCGCUGAAACCUGUAAGAAAACGCAGACAUAUAUGAUGGGAAGGGCGAAGGGACCGCCUUACGAGUUUUCCAAUUGCAGCGAAGAGGAAAUGACAUUCAUAUUGAGGUUACGCGGAGAGCAAUGCUGGAAAAUGGAAUCCGACUAUGACCUUUUUAAUGUCACUAAGGAGGUAGCGGGCUCAAAAAUAACAGCGGAUAAAUACUGCUACCGUAUUAAUCCGGAGCUGUACAAUUCUGCCACUAUAGAGGAGUGCGUCAUAAAGUGCAGGAACAAAAAUAGUCAGCGGCCCAAAACCUACCCUGCCCCGUUUGGCUACCCUUGCGGAAAUGGAAAGCGAUGCUGGUUUGGAAAAUGUGAAGACAUAACUAACAUAACACAAAGUGACAAAUGUGCGAAGUAAAGAAGAC